AUGCCAUUCAAACAAACGCAAGGCCGAGGACUAGGCACUGAGUCUAAAGUAACGACAAACAAACAAACAAACAAACAAGCAGAGUCCAAAAACAACUACAAUUAGCUUUCCUUUCUCUUCCCUCCAUCUCUCGUUGUCUCCGAUCAAAUAUAAAUACUUACUUCUAAUAGCACUGUACUCUCUUUCUCUCCAAGAAUUCCUUUCUUUGAUCCCAAAGGAAAGCUUCUUCCGUUAAUUGAUCGCCAUUCCUUUUUCGUAAUAAAUAAAUGGAAGAUGCCAAAAGAAAAAGAGGCCGAAAACCCAAAGUCCCUAAUCCCUCUGAAGCCCUAGAAUCCCCUUCCUCCAACAUUGCAUUAGACGACGUCUUCUCCGUCAGUAACGUCGAAAUCAUCCCCUCCACCACCACUUCCACAUCCGCCGCCGCAACCACCACCGCUGCCCGCCCUCGUGGCCGCCCCAAAAAACUCCCCAAGCUCCCCGAAAACCCCGAGCCUCUACAUCCUCAACUUCCGCCCGCAAUCCUCUCCCCUAGCCGCCGCAUUCCCAACGGCAACGCCACUGGAGUUGGAGGAGGAGGAGGUGGCGGAGGGGAAUUGAGCGGGGAUUCGGUCGGAGGUCGGGUGUUGCCGGCAAUGGAUGCAGUAGUGAAGGUGUUUUGCGUUCAUACGGAGCCAAAUUUCUCGUUGCCUUGGCAGAGAAAAAGGCAGUAUAGUUCAAGUAGUAGUGGGUUCGUGAUCGGAGGGAGAAGGGUACUGACGAAUGCGCAUUCCGUGGAACAUUACACUCAGGUUAAAGUUAAGAAACGUGGGUCUGAUACUAAGUACUUGGCUACUGUCCUUGCUAUUGGAACCGAAUGUGAUAUUGCAAUGCUUACGGUUAAUGACGAUGAGUUCUGGGAAGGUGUGUCACCAGUGGAAUUUGGAGAAUUGCCUGCACUUCAAGAUGCUGUGACUGUUGUUGGUUACCCAAUUGGGGGAGAUACAAUCUCUGUGACAAGUGGAGUUGUAUCACGAAUAGAAAUCCUGUCUUAUGUUCACGGGUCCACAGAGCUCCUGGGUUUGCAGAUAGAUGCUGCUAUAAACUCCGGAAAUUCUGGUGGGCCUGCCUUCAAUGAUAAAGGCAGUUGUGUGGGCAUCGCAUUUCAGUCACUCAAACAUGAAGACGUAGAAAAUAUAGGGUAUGUGAUACCAACACCUGUUAUCCAGCACUUCAUCCAAGACUACGAGAAGAAUGAAGCAUAUACUGGAUUCCCAAUUUUGGGGGUUGAGUGGCAGAAAAUGGAAAAUCCUGAUUUGCGAACAGCAAUGAGUAUGAAACCUGAUCAGAAAGGUGUUCGAAUCCGAAGAGUUGAUCCCACAGCUCCAGAAUCUGGGGUUUUGAAGUCAUCAGAUAUUAUGCUCAGCUUUGAUGGGGUUGAUAUUGCCAAUGAUGGAACAGUUCCUUUUCGGCAUGGAGAACGCAUAGGUUUCAGUUACCUUGUGUCACAAAAAUAUAGUGGAGAUAGUUCAGCAAUUAAAGUUCUUCGUGAUUCUGAGAUUCUAAAUUUCAACAUCAAACUUGCAUCGCACAGAAGGCUUAUUCCAGCACACAACAAGGGCAGACCUCCUUCAUAUUAUAUAAUUGCAGGAUUUGUGUUUACAAUUGUGUCUGUCCCAUAUUUACGUUCCGAGUAUGGGAAGGAUUAUGAAUAUGAAGCUCCAGUAAAGCUUUUGGACAAACUCUUGCAUUCAAUGCCACAAUCACCUGAUGAACAGCUUGUUGUGGUGUCUCAGGUUCUUGUGUCUGAUAUCAAUAUAGGAUAUGAGGACAUUGUUAACACUCAGGUCCUUGCAUUUAAUGGUAAGCUUGUGAAGAAUUUAAAGAGCUUGGCUGAGAUGGUAGAGAACUGUGAUGAUGAAUUUUUGAAAUUUGAUUUAGAAUAUGAACAGAUAGUAGUACUUAGGACAAAGACGGCGAAGGCGGCUACUCCAGACAUUCUCACUAUGCAUUGCAUACCAUCAGCUAUGUCGGACGAUCUCAAGACAUGAAAAUGACCGUACCUAAUUGAUUGAUUUGUUGUAGCUUUUCUAUGGGUAAUUUUUGUUUUUUGCCACAUCUAGGAAGCAACGUUAUAUUUUGCGGAAUGGGGCUUGUCAGGUAAGUGUUUAUAGCCUUCUUGGUCGGAUAUCAUACUAGGACUGCUAAUAUGAAACAAUGAUGUCCCAUUUUAAGGCGAUUAAAAGCAUUUUUGCACUUAGCUAUGAAUGGGUUUGCCCAUCCGCUAUUGAUUGUCAAACAUUUCUUUUUUAUUUUCCCUUGUAUGAAUUUUGUAUACAUCUUUGAAGCAUUUGUUUUGUUUGAU